AUUAUGGAAGUUUCACUUUUACCGCGCAGCUGCCAAUCGAUUGGCAAAAAUUGUUUCAGUUUAUGUAAAUAGCAACUAAAAUGCCCGAGACAAUAAUAGCAAGUGUACUGAGUGGCGAGCUGGAGGCGCGGCAGCUGCGGGCGUGGCUGCGAGGCGCCACCGCGGAGGGCGUGGCGGAGGCUCGCGCGCUGCAUGGCUGCAGCAGGAACGAGUUCGUGCUGUAUUUCUUGUCGUAUUUGAGGAAUCAAACUGACAGCAUAGUCCAGCAAUGCGGCGGCGCGGUGCCGGCGGCGCCGCAGUCCCCGGUGGUGGCGGGGCGGCCGCACCGGCGCUCCGUCUCCGACCCCACGCACUCCGCCCCCGAGCCCCACCCCGGCGACCCCCGCGCCUGCCUCGCCGUCGCGGCCGACCCCCGUCCGCACGACUCGCCAGCUAGAGACAAGAAACGCGCCACCAGGAAAGUCAAAACGAAGUUGUUCCCCGACGACAGGAGUAGAGAGUCCAUACAAUCCGUGUCCUCUGACGAAUCGAGGCUUAAUUCGGGUAUCGACCGGUUGAACCUCUCCAGCAGUACGCCGUUGAAGAAUGGUUUGAAGAUGGAGGCGGGCAGCGCGCCCAUGUCCCCCAUAACGCCCGUGUCCCGCAGCCACGAGCGCUGCGACACGCCGCGCGCCCACCCGCGCCACGCGCGCUCGCACGACAAGACAUUGGGCGACUACCUCACCAGCGCGCAGAAGACUUCCAAAAAGAAGAAGAGUAGCAGCAAGAAUGUCUCAGAAGAGAGCGAGGGGAAGAUGGAGCUGGAUAUCAGCAGUUCGGACGCGUUUCCUGAUUUGUCUGUUGGCGCGAGGAAGUCGAGCUCCUUGAGGUCAGAGAAGAGGAGGAUCAAGCCCACGAAUAUAGAUUUAAGCAAGAAGAGUCUGUCGUUGAACAGCUUCAACUCGGAGCAGUUCCAGCAGCCGUCGCCGCUGGCGCUGGAGGAGAACGCCGCCUUCAAGCCGCCCAAACUGCAACCGAAGGAGCUCGCUAGCAGCUAUGACGCGGAACGGAACAUGCUGCGGCAGGAGAGGAGCCGCCUCAUGGAGAAGUUCAGCACGAUGAGCGCGGCCACGUCACCCAAGUGCAGCACCCCCUUGAUAAAAAUAACACAAAACUCGUUUGAUAAAGCAGCGACUUACGUAACAGCUGACGCGUCGAAAAUCACUUUUAAAGACAAAUUGGACUUGUUGGUAGAACUAUACGAUACAAUGUUGACGUACAACUUAAUAUUCUGCUACAAUACGGAGCUGUUCUUCUUGAUAUCAAUUCUGCAGUCGAAGCAGAACGAAGAUGACUACGUGGAUGUUGAAAGCAAACUCACGGAAGAGAACAUGGCCAGUUACUUACUCCGCAGUAUACACAACUGCGUGUACUUCGCGGUGAGGGCUCUGUGGUGCCAGCGGAACGUUCUAGAAGUGAUUUUAGAUAAACAGUCGUUAAAGUUGUUGGGUGAAGUGAAGAGUGUGCGAGCGAUAGGGCCGGAGCUGGCCAAGUGUAUGUUGAAUGCUUACGGGGUGCGGUGUGAGGGCGAGAAGGAGGGCGCGGGGGGGUGCCCCGCGGGGGACGGCGGGGGGGUGGUCGUGUUCAACUUGGAGACAGACAACGCGGACAACUUUCCAUCCACGGCCAGCUUCCAGAGCUUCAAGAAGCAACGAGACAUGUUCUAUGAGAUCGUCAGGUGGUACCAGGAGUGGGGCGGCGCGGGCCCGGGCGCGUCGCUGCGCAGCCGCGUGCGCGCGCUGCUGGGCGCGGGCUCGGGCGCCACGCUGCCGCACCUGGCGCGGCUGUGGGCGCGCCACCUGGCGGCGGGCGGCGGCGGCGGCUCGCGCCUCGGCAAGCUGCACCGCCGCCUGACGCGCCCGCCGCAGCAGGGCGGCGCGCUCUUCACCACCGACGAGGAGUUCUACAGGGAGUUCCUGGUGGUGAGUGAGAGCGAGGCGUUCCGGGCGCACGUGCGCGACGCGCUGCUCACCGAGCUGCUCGCCAUCGACAAGCAGCACCACCUCAAGGAGGGCGUGGUGCCGCAGGGCGGCGCGUGGUGGUGGAGCGCGCGGCUGGGCAAGCUGCUGGGCGCGCUGGCCGCGCUGCCCUACGAGGGCGCCCGCGGCGCCGGCGAGCGCCUGCUGCGGACCAGCCUGGCGCUGAGGACCUACAGCCAACCGCCCUUCGACCUUCUCGGCAUCCUGGAGUCAGCGUACCAGGAGUCCCGGCUCAUCAUCACGGUCCCCUGGACGUGCCACUACCUGUCCACGUUGGACCCGGUCGCCCUGAGGCUGCCCUACUACCAGCGCGUGUUGAAGAUGUUGGCUGCGAUAUACAGGGGGUUGGCCCCUCGCGGGGACACACUGGGCGCGAGUGUGGGUAAUGAGUGUGGGGACGCGGACAGCGUGACGCGGUUGUAUUUGAAGAGCACGCUCGCGUGGUUGUUCGCCGCGCCACAUGUGCCGCAGGAAACCCUGUACGAGGACAGCACGACCCCCCUCCCGGCCCGCACGGCCGCGCCCCCCUCGCCGCACGUGCUCUCCGAAGCGGCGCUGGAGGUUCUGCUUCCCGCCAGGAGGACGCUCCACGAGCUGCUGGCGGGCGGCAGCGCGGGGGCCCCGCAGGCGAGGCACGUGACGCCGCUGCGGGUGGGCGCGGUCACCAAGCACCACGAGAUACAGGCGCGGCUGGAGGCGGCGCUGGUGUCGGGGGCGGCGGGCGCGGCGCGGCGCGUGCUGGAGCUGGCGGCCGAGCGCGUGGCGGCGCGCGCGCAGCGGCGGCUGGCGCGGGCGCUGCAGCCGCACCGCGGGGCACGCUGCGGGCCAGACACGGGCUGCGGCCCCGCCGACGUGGCGGCCGUCGGCGAGGUGGGGCGGCAGGCGCGCGCGUGGCUGCGGGCGGCGCUGGGCGCGCUGCUGGCGGGCGGCGCGGGCGCGGGCGCGCUGUGCGGCCUGGCCGAGCGCAACGUGCGGGCGCGGCUGGCGCGGGCCGCGCUGGACGCCGCCGCGCCCGGCGCGUUGUGCCCCGCCGCCGCGGCCGAGCUGCAGGCGCUGCUGGCGGGCCCGUGGAGCUCUGGUGACGACCCCCCGCCCGCCGCGCCCGCGCCGCCCGCCGUGCCCGUCGUGUACAGCGUGGCCGAGAGCAUCAUCGAGCUUAAGGAGCAGGUGUGCCAGCUGCUGUGGCCGCCGCAGGAGCCCGGGCCGGCGCCCCCCCCCUCCGGCGCGCUGGCGGCGUGCGCGCGCGCCUGCGCGGCGUGCAGCCCGGCGUGCCGCGCGCCCGCGCGCCGCGCCGUGCUGCAGCUGACGCUGGACCUGUGCGUGCUCACGGCGUGCAAGCGCCCUGCGGAUCUGACGGAGGAGUUCCUGGACGCGGUGGAGGCGGUGUGGGUGGCGUGCUGCGGCAGCGCGCCGCCGCGGCCUGCCUCGCCGGCGGGGUCGCGGGCCGCGGGGGGCGCAGGAUGCGAAGCCGUCGACUCCCGCGCACCCACGCCGGACUCGGACGGCGAGCCGGCGCCGCCGGGGAAUAUCGUGAUAGCCGCCGCUACUUCCGGGGCACACGUUGCCGCGCCCCCUGCUGAUAAAGGUACAGCAGACGAAGACGAGGUGUGGUCGAUGUUCGGGCGCGUGGUGUGCGCGCGCAACAUCACGCUGGUGGCGCGGUGCGGGGUGGGCAGCGCCAGCUGGCGCGCGCUGGCGGCGCUGCUGGGCAGCCUGCUGCGGCGCGGCUGGCUGCACGAGCACGUGCUGUCCGAGCAGUGCGUGGCGCUGUACCGGCACGAGUGGCCGCAGGAGGUCCUCUCGCCCCUGUCAACCUGCCUGCACUCGCUGUCGACGCGCGCCGGCUCGCUGCACAUGCUGGUGGGCUUCCUCGCAGACUACUGCAGCGACCUCAUGCACUGAUAGUCUGGUAUCACACAGCAGACACGAAUAUGCUCAAACGUGUGCCUAUAUGUGCCAGACUAUGAUAUAACAAGGUCCCGAAAUACCGGAAUAAAGAAGGAAAUGGAUAUUAAAAUAUUGUGAUAAGGGAAUAAUGGGAUUUUAAAUUACCGGGAUACUGAAAUACCGAAAGGCAAUCCCGGGUAUUUAAAUACCGUGUUUCAGAAAUAUGAGGAUUGUACUGUACCUGGAUCCAGUCGUACCGGGGCGGCGUAUUUCGAAAUGCUACUUCAAUACGUUUCAAACGGUGACGAACUGAUGUAGGAUUUCUAAGUUAAUAUGCAUCAAAAUGUGAUUGAAACCCUCAUUGUAUUCGUCAACUUCGCGUGACGUCUCGGCCGGCGGGGGUGUAUUGAACUAGCGUUUCGAAAUACGCUACCGGACGACAUACCGAUUAUGAUCAUCAUGGAACAUUAAUAUUAUAUCCGCUCCGACCAGGCAGCGAGCAUCACUUACUUCUUUUUCUUGUGUGGUUGUGCAAUAAAAAGUUUUGUAUUGUAUUGGAUCAUAAAUAAAUAGCUGUAAAAUAUACAUAAUAGUGAUGCGUUCGAUUCGUCUUAAUAAGUGUCUUGUGUAGAUAUAUGAAUUUUUGAACAUUUACAUGUAUUUAUCUUUAUGUAUUUGCGUAGAAUAAACAAUAAUACCACGAAUAGAAGGGACACCCCGCCCCGCGCCGAUACGAGCUUGAUUACCUCACCCCCGAUUUGCAUGCCCACUUCAGUCCGUAAGGCGCAAGCAGUAAUGGAGCGGAACUGUCUCUCUCAUCGUAAUUGGCAAUCCAAUUGUAUGGAGUGCCCGGGCUGUAGUAUUUGUGUCUUAUGAGCGUGUACUUUAUUGUCUUCUCCGUUUAAUUAUAAGAUAAGAAGAAUAAGAAUAAAAUAAAUUUAUUGCCAGUAACAAGAUCAAUAAAUUAUUAUAUAUUUACAACUUAUUUAUAAUUCCGAAAUACCGGGAUCUCCUAGAGCUGGGAUAUUGAAAUUCCGGAUAUUGAACUCGGAUGUCGUAACACCGCAGUUCAGAAAUACCGGGAUUCGUCUCAAGCAUUUAUAAAUGUUCUAUAUUAUAUUACCUUAUAUCUAGUAAGAUAGUUAAAAAAAAAUAUACAUCACAUACUUUAUAUUAUCGUGUAGAACAAAGAAGAUCUCUUCGCCUUAACAAAAUAAACACCAAAUUAAAGUCUAGACUAAAUAGGCGUGCUUUAUAUCUGCCAUUUAUGGUCCACUACAAAAAUGUUAUACAUAUAGGGUAUUAAUGACACAGUAGCGAAUACUGAAGGGAUGAUUCCGCUCAUAAUGCUGAGUUAAUCUUAAGUUGAAUUUUCCAUCGCAAAAGUGUGUAUUUAAAAUGAAAAUAAUUUAAAAGAAAUCAUGAAUUUUGCGGCGGAAAAUUCCCCUUUGUAUUAUUUAUUUAUUAUGGACAACUUACAAGCUACACUCUGCACAUGCAAAGUUACAGACAAUAAAAAAAAAGAUUAAGAGCUGUUUGUACACUUCACCACCAGUGUAUCUAGUCCCAAAAAAAGAUUUUCUCAGAAUCAUGAAAUGAAUCAUCCCCCUCAGUAUUAGUUACGUCUCUAACACCCUGUAUAUUGGAGUAAUAAAAAUAUGAGUCAUGGACGGUGGACAAAAAA